UCCUCUAUAUAUAUAAAUAUUUUAAAAUACGCUUGCGCAUACAUAAAAUUCGUAUAAAAUUCUAUCUAUUGCCACUGUGUUCUGUGUGCUGUACUGUGAACGAUUGUCGUUUUGUGGAAUUCUGCCACUUUUGCCACGGUUGUAGCAAUCACUAUUCACACACGAUGUUUAUUCUGUUUUGUUACAGACAAGCUUCGCACAUACAGUUCUAAACUUGUCUUGAAUUUCUUGAGCCGAUAAAAGGUCGGUUAUUCGUUCGGCUUGCUUUCUCACAAUAUCGCAACAACACUCAUUUUGACUGUGUGUUCGAUACAAUUUCUGUUCUCUUUCUCUCGAUAUUCAUUUACGUGUGCUUGAAUUGAGUGUGAGCCACCGAUUGCCGUCUUUGUUAAAUAAUUCAAGACCGUCAACGUCUAAGAACAGCUGUAGUAUAUCGUAGUCAUCGUCAUCGACAUCAUUUUCAUCGUCGAUGUUGUCUACUGUUUGAAAGAUUCUCUAAUUUGUCCUUUUCUCAGUUAUCAUUUGAAUUCAAACCGAAACGGUUUCGUUACGGAGUGAACACCGAACGAACCGACAGAGAUUUUUGUGUGUUGUACGAUAUCGUCGUUACCAGUUUGUAUUGUGUGCAGACGAUGUGCGUGCAUGUGUUUGUGUAUGGAUUCGAUAAUAAUUUAAAUCUUGAAAAUUGUCGCUUAGCUGCGGUUUGAUCGGAGUUAAAUUAUUUUGUGUAUAAGCUGAUUUGCAAGAAUGCAAACGCUAUUUAUGGAUCCAUUUAAAAACGUUCAAUAUUAAUUAAUAUUCAAAAGACGACAAAAGACAAUUUAAAUGAAAUUUUAAAGGAAAAAAGCCGGGAACUUUGCCAAAAGAAAGAAAGGGAGGAAGAAAUAAGCAAACUAUCUAAAUAAAUAAAAAUUUGCAAAACAAAAAUAUAAAUAUGAUUCAAUAAAUAAAUAUUCGAAGCAGAAGAGAUUGUGUGCAGAUCAUGCUCAAGUGGCACCGUGGCCGUGUGAUUGAGGACAGAUUUUAAUUAUGAGCUAAUAAUAAUCGACGGAACUUUCCAACUUUAUAAUAUGACGAUCACAUCAAAUUGUUACGAAUCUGAUUUGUAAAUUUUCAAAUGUAUCGCAAAGAUUUUGAAAGCUUUUCAUCGACUUAAUGAUGGUAAAAUGCUAUCAUCAUAGGAUACUAAUCCUAUUAGAAUGUUUAAAUGAUGACUUCGAAAGCAUUUAAAGUUGAUAUUUGAAUUUGAAUUUUGAAUAACGAUCCAACAGAGCGAUUGCGUCGUAUAUACGCUGUGAGUGACAAGUGGCACAAACAAAAAAGGGCUCACAACAUGAUACAGAAACAUUAAUGCAAAUAAAUUUUAACAAAUAAACUAAAAGAACAAACAACAAAAUAAAAAAAAGAAAAAAAAAAGAAGAAGAAAGAGAACAACCAACCACUCAAUUAAAUGAACAUUAAAUAAUGCUAAACGGACCAUUGUGACAAAAUGUGAGAAACAGUGCUUUUGAACAGAAACGAUGAUUGACAGUGAAUAUAUGUGAAAACCAAAAUGAUUCGGUCGAUGAUUAAAAGUCCAAAGCCGUGUUGACAAAGAGAACGAGAAACAACAAGAAAACAACAACAACAACAAUAUCGUCAGAAAAAUAAAACUGUUCAAUUUGUUUCUGACAGUAAAAAGUACUCGGAGGUGUACUCAUAGUGUAUAUAUAUAUAUAUCUACAUGAUUGAAAGCUCAAAGAUCCAAACACUCACACAGUGAAAUAGAGUGAGAGAUAGAGGGAGUAUGGUGUAAUAUUAAAAUUUCAUUGUCUCCUACAAAGCGUAUGUCAUCAGGAAUAUUAUCGCCUGUAAACAUCUGUGAUAUCAAAUAUAUAUAUGUAUAUAUAUAAAAAAAGAAAAACCAGCAACACCAUCAAGAACAAGAAUAAAACCAACAACCAAGCCAUAACAGCACGAAUAUAACGGCAUCAAUUGAAUACAUGAUUGAAUAUAAAAAAAGCUGAACAAGAUUGCAUAGUGAACAGGAGAAUAGACAAGAGUAAAAUUAACAACAGCAAUGGAUAUCAGUAGAACAAUGUCAGCAUUAAAUAAAGAAAUAAGUCCACCAACGCAAUCGCCAUCUGUUUGGUCUUACAAUAUGCUUCGUAUGGCCAAAAAUUUUACAACCGAUGCUUAUGCAGCCGCCUAUCCGUAUAACAACGAACUCAUCGCCGAAAAUCGUUCCGACAACUUUAAUUUAUCAGCAUGUGAAAAAGAUGAACUGGAUGACAGUAUAUUCUUUCAAACAACCGUUUAUAUUAUGUACAUAUCGAUAUUUAUAUUUGCAUUGUUUGGAAAUGGUGUUGUAUGUUACAUUGUAUAUUCAUCGCCACGAAUGCGAACGGUCACCAAUUAUUUUAUUGUAAAUUUGGCGGUUGGUGAUAUUUUGAUGUCAUUGUUUUGCGUUCCAUUUUCAUUUUUUCCAACAUUACUGUUGCAAUAUUGGCCAUUCGGAUCACUGCUGUGUCAUUUGGUUAAUUAUUCUCAGGCGAUUUCCGUGCUCGUAAGUGCCUACACCUUGGUCGCAAUUAGCAUCGACAGAUACAUAGCUAUUUUAUGGCCAUUACGGCCUCGAAUUACGAAGCGGCACGCAAAGUAUAUCAUCUGUGUUGUGUGGCUAAUCGCACUGGUAACAGCACUUCCAAUCCCAUUGGUAACUCGUCUUAGCCAACCGGAAGAAUGGUUUCAACAAUGCGGAAAAUACGUGUGUGAAGAGCAUUGGGCGAUGCCACUGUAUAAUUAUUAUUAUACAAUUGCCUUAUUAGUUUUACAAUUCAUCAUUCCAUUGCUGGUUCUAAUAUUCACAUACACCCGAAUUGCGUUUGCUGUAUGGGGCAAAAAACCACCAGGAGAGGCGGAAAAUUCGCGUGAUCAACGCAUGGCCAAAUCAAAACGAAAGAUGAUUAAGAUGAUGGUUGUAAUUGUCAUAGUAUUUACAAUAUGCUGGCUGCCGUUUAACGUUUUAGUGAUUUUGAUGCACAACACCGAACUGAUGCAUUGGGAAUUCAUCAUUUAUGUAUGGUUCAUACUCCAUUGGUUGGCUAUGUCACAUUGUUGCUAUAAUCCAAUCAUUUAUUGUUAUAUGAACGCACGAUUUCGGAUUGGUUUCCUGCAAAUACUGUAUUUUGUGCCGGGAAUUCGACGUUGUUGUUGCAUAAAUGCCUACACUCGCGAUCGAUCCACAAGUCUUCGAACGGGAAUUGCGUUAACGGGAAUUGAUGAAUCAGGCCAUUUGCAUCGUGUUAAUACAUCAACAACAUUCAUUAGCACCCGACGAAAGACGAAUAUUUGAUGAUAUGACGAGAAUCGACAACAUCAACAACAAGCUCAGCAAAACAAGAGGAACUUAGUAUGUGAUCUAUAAAGGGAAAAAAGUUUUCAAGAAAGAAGGAAUAUUUAAAAAAAACGUUAUAGUCAUUUAGUUUCAAUGUGUUAAUUUAUGUCAGCGUCUGUGUUCAAAUCAAAUUUGUUAUAAGAUGUCCGUGUAUGGUAAACCGUGUAACAAUGACAAAGGUUUUUGCCAUAAAAAUUGGGUGAGCAAAAAAAGUGACCGAAAAAAAGCGGUUUGUGGAAUUUAGCAAGCAUAAGAAGUCUAUCAGCUGUUUUUUUUUCUUCAAAUGAGUAAAAAAAAUACCUAGCGGAAACGAUCGUUUAACGCACCGAAUGGACGAAAAAAAAAAAACAGUUUCAAGUUAUAAAAAAACGGUGUCGUUUUUCACUAUGAAAAUAACAUAAAAUGUAAGGCAAAACAUACGUGUCGUAAUUGUUCUUGCAAUUUUUGUCUUCAAGUUGACGGUCAACAGUGAAAUCGAAAAUAAUGCAGAGCAAAUUCAUUAAAUGGGAAAAUUAACCGUUUUUGUGCUGUGUGUGUAUAUGUGAAUUGCAGGCAAACGACAUUAAGUUGAAAGGAAAAAAAAGAGUAAACUCAUUGGAAUUGUGAAACAUUUUGAAAUUUGUUAGCCACGAAGCGUCAAAAUUAGAGAUGGAAAGCAAUUUUUACCGUAAUCCGCAUGGACUACCAUGAAAAUCGAAUGGUUGGUGAACGGUACACAUUGACCAUAUUUCAUUCACAUUUCAGCGUAUUAAAUUGGACGCAUUGAAUUUCAAUGGAAUCUAAACAUAAUUUACCCGGUUGUUGUUUUGUUUGUCUUUUUUUUGUCUUGCGCGAUGUUUCUGACAACUACCUGAUUGCAUAAUAGUGAAGGCGCCAAAUAAUCUAAUCGCUUGUAAUACCAUUUAAUCGAAAUUGUGCACAUAUAAAUGAAGACAUAUACACACACACACAUUUAAACAGAUACCCAGAGAGAGAAAGAGACAAUGACGCAUCCAUUCAAUAUUUAAAAUGUAUAAAUGUUAAAAGAGUGUGCACACUGCACAAAUGGUCAAAAGAGAACGUACUUUUCUCUUCUGAUCGCAAAGGAAUCAAUUGUACGGCUUGCUUACGACAUCAGGUCAUACAUGAAAAGCACGAAACAAUUAGAAGCAUAUAUAUAUGCUGCUCGUAUCUCCGACUCGAUUCAAAUUAUUUUUUUUUUUUUUUUGCAUUUUCUGGCCAAAUUUUUUUUGCCUCCCGUCUCUCUUAUAUUUUUCUAUAUAUAUUAUUAUGUGAAAUGGUUUGAAAUACGACCAAAUCGGUUUCCGCUCUCUUGCUUUGCAGCCUGAUAUGAAAUCCAAAUUGCAUCGUCUUAUGCAAAUAUUAUAAAAUACUAUACAUUUAAAUAUUGUUAAGCAUAUAGCAUAUACCAAAUGAAAGUAUGGUCAUUUGAUUGGCUCCACACAUUAUAUGUCUGAUGAAAAUAAAAUGUACGGCAUCACGAACGUAAAUUAAUAUUCGAAAUCGAUGUGUUAUUUGAUUCAAAUUAAAGAUUAUAUAUAUAUAGGUUAAAUUAAAUGUAAUUUUUUUCAAUGUAAGGAAUUAAUUGUGGCACCAAUACUAUUGAAUACAGCACAAUAUUACCGCAAAUGAAAAAUUAAACGGACGGUUCUGUGUCAUGCAGCAGUGAAAGAAAGAGCAGAAUCACUCACAUAUCAUGUGGCAUAAGAAAACAAAAAUUAAAAAAAAACAUGGAUCCAGUGAUAAGAAUUUGAUGUCUGCUAAACAUUUUCCCUCACAUUUGUCGAUUUUUCUUUUCACAAAUUCAACAAAC